CAUAAAUGGCGUUUGAUCGUUUCCGAAGCUGGUCCAUUAUUAAGUUUAAGUCAAUAUUUUAAUGCAAAAAGUUUCACAAAUUAUUGCAGAAUAUGUGGUGACAUGGGCAAUUACUACAUGUGACUGAUCACAUGUAAACUUUGAACAGGCUCAGUCUGCCGUGAUGGAUGCUCCAGUGGAGAGUGUGGAUGACAAAGCUCCUCGGAAGCCUCCACACAACAAGGAAGCCUGGAUUCAGGCCACAGAUCCACCGUCCGAUGACUCCCAGCAGGAUACCACCGUGCAUUCAGUGACUGUUCCCACCGACAUCACCGUGGUGCCCAGUGACUGGCUCGAUAGAACACCAUCGUCAAUACAGAAUGUUUGGCAGGCAGCCACGGCCUCUGUUCAGGUGUGGCCCAGUGAACAGUCGCCACGCAGUCCAGGCAUGUCUACAGAGGGUGUUGAUCUGUCGGCGGAUGUCCUGCCGGUAGAAAAACAGUGGGUGGACCAUGCAAAAGUGUCGCCACAACCACCGAUUUUAAAAAGAAUGUUAUCGGAUCAUUCAAGCAGACAGCAGUCCUCGUUUCAGACUUACAUAAAGCCAGAUUCAUCUUUGCAUAUUCAGGAGGAACACGUCAAAGUUCCGUCACCUCCACAAACUUUGUAUAGUCAUCAAGAGCAGAUGAUGGAAUCUGUUCCCACGGACUGGACUGAAGGGAGUAGAGUGUAUUCAUCUACAAAUGCUGGUACCUACUCAACAAGUAGCAUUGCCAGCUAUCCAACAACAAGUUCUGGUCCAUAUCCUGCGAGUUCUAGGCCGUAUGCUGCUAGUCCGGGACCGUACACAUCUGUCAGUGUGUCCUAUCCCACUACCAUUUCCUUUCCUUCCACAGAGCAAACCUCAUUAUUGUCCAUGGAAAAGGCAUGGUCCACUGUUCCACAAAAUGCCAUUUUUAAAACUGGGAACUCCUCUCCUCAGGUUUCGGUGACAGAUGUAAGUUACUUACAACCAACUGAAGCUUCCCCCGGCAAUCACAGUGAAUGGGUAAUACCCUCGUCCACGUCUGCAUACAAAGAUAUUCACAAUAGCCUGGCAUCUGCCUUCGUCAAUCCCAAGGAUGGAAAUGACACUAUGUGGGUUGGUCUUUCACGGCACGGUCUCACUAUAACUCCUGAACAGGAACAGCUGCAGGAAUACUUCAGCAGAAACGCCGGUAAUGUUAUUCGUGAAGGAGAUAAGAAAGAUCCUGGGUUAAUAUGGAACCAAAAUAUUGCAAAUGAUACCAACUGUGAGGUUUAUUCUGAAAGUUUGGAUGGUCUAGUCUAUGACAAGAGGCCGAAUGCAUAUCCACAAAGUGUAAAUAUCUCUCUCUCGGAGAAGUCUGUGCAUAAAAACCAGGAAAAAGAUUCUUUAAAUCUUCAAGUUCCCGAGUCUGGUCACAAGAUGAUGUCUACUGCUGGCACACAGACAAUGUAUACGCUUCCUAAAGUUCAGUACAUUCACGUACACCCGCCUAAGAGUGCUGCUCAGAAAGUUGCUGGACAGAUUCUGCUGUCCAGUGAAGCAUAUUCUAGUAAUCACAAGACUGAUGCUGGUCCUAACCAAGGUGCUUAUAAUAACCAUCAUAGGAUGAGUCGGGCUGAUCACGUUGAAGUUGUGCACCAUGGUACGACAGACUCCCCACAGCCAGUUGUAGCAAGAACUUCCAGUGAGUUGCAGUAUUACCCAAAUGUCGGUGAGAGAAUAGAGGAAAAUAGUCGAGACAGGUUUUCUUUAGAAGCUCUUCCAAGAAAGAUCACUAAUUUAGACUCUUCCAGAAGAGAUUUCUUGACAUUAGGUGCCUCACCUGUGAGUUCUGAUCACUGGCAGCAGAGACAGAAUGUGGACCACAAAACCAGUAACAGCAUUAAUGAGAUCCAGCAAAAUGUUGAAUCUCAGAAAACUGACAUGAAGCCAAAAGUUGAUGUUGAUUCUAGUGACGAGGAUGAGGAUGACAAAAGUUCUGAUUGGUCCCAGUCGUCGGAUGAAGAUGCUGAUUAUCUUUCUUCCAUUUGUUCUAUAUGUGGCAAACAGCUGAUAAAAGGUCGGCAGGACAAGAGUGAGAUCUGUAAUACGUGCAAGCUGGUCAGGUCAGCCGAAAAGACAGCUGAGGACAAGUUAUCAAGAAGUCCGAGAAACAAGCAUGGUAUCUCCUCGUAUAAAUCCUCACUUGAUGAACUGAAGGCUGAGAACAAGAGAGGAAGAAAGUCUUGCAAGCCAAAGAAACUUUGGGUUCAGAGUUCUGUUGAAGAGAUGUCUGUAGCUGCGUCUGCUGCUGCAGCUGAAGAUAGUGAUCUCAAGCCUCAGAUAGACCUUGUUAUUCCAAAGGAAGAAAGCAGUCAUUUUGAUGGUGAUACAACACAACCUGCUGCCGUGAACAGUAGUCGAGAAUCGGAACCUGCCCCAGUCACGAAAAGACGGCGAGGUCGUCCAAGGAAAUCCGAAUACAGGGGAAGAGGGACAGUGCAGAAACAGCAGGCAACAACACGACUAAAGAGUGUGGAGAAGGUGGACACUGUUAAAGAUGAAGAUACUACCAGUGAUGAUGAAAUAUCACAGAAGAACAAACAGGGAAAACGCAAGAGUGUGUGGCGAUGUCGCUUGUGUGGGUCAACAUACGCCUUGCAGAGUCAACUUACCCAUCACCGUCAGAGUGUGUGUACCAAGCGUAAAUGUCCGGACUGUGGCGUCCGAUUUGCAAACAAAAGCAAGCUUGCUAGACAUAUGCGAAGCCAUUCGGGUCUCAAGCCCUUUGGGUGUCACCUGUGUGGCAAAGCCUACGGUGACCGCGGGAGUCUUAACGCGCACAAUGCCUCGCACGAAGGUGCCAAACCGUUUGUGUGCGACCUGUGCGGGCGACAGUACACCCACAAGGGCAGUUUUAAGUCCCACAUGCGAACCCACACGGGUGACAAGCCCUUUCAGUGCGACCACUGUGGAACGCAGUUCUCCUUCCGCAGCAGUCUGCUGUGUCACAUCAAGACGCACACCGGCGAACGGCCAUACACCUGUGACAUUUGCGGCAAGACGUUUGCAGACCGGAGCGUCCAGCUGCGACACACGCGCUCGCACAAAGGGGAUAAGCCGUACCAGUGCAAGGAGUGCGGGAAGGGCUUCACCCAGAGCGGCACACUGAAGAUUCACAGGCGCAAGCACACGGGCGACAAACCGUAUGGGUGUUCAAUCUGUCACCAGUCGUUCAUCUGCCGCAGUGACCUCAACAAGCACUCGCGCUCCCACAGUGCAGAUCACAAGCCCGCAGUCAAACGCAGCAAGGCAGCACCAGCCGUAGUUCCAGUCCCCACGGAGGAACACGUACAGCUCCCGGUUCAGAUGGCGUGUCAGGUGACCCCGUGUAUGUCGGAGGUCAUCGAGUACACCUCACAGAACAUGGAUUACACCACCAUGACGAAAAUGGAAGCUACAGACUCGGUGAAGAAUUUGAUUAUUUUGUCUUCUCAGGUAGAAGAAGCAGGUGUGCAAUAUGUGACUAAUCAGCUGUAUCGUGGUAAUUACGUAACGAUGAUGUGAUCCAGGUGUGUGAAUUUGCAAUAUGUGACUAAAUCGGCUGCAUCGUGGUAAUUACGUAACGAUGAUGUGAUCCAGGUGUGCAAAUUUGCAAUAUGUGACUUAAUCGACUGCAUCGUGGUAACUAUGUAACGAUGAUGUGAUCCAGGUGUGUGAAUUUGCAAUAUGUGACUUAAUCGGCUGUAUCGAUUGUAAUUACGUAACGAUGAUGUAAUCCAGGUGUGUGCUUUUGUGAACGUAGUCAUUCAUUAAAGUCAGUGGUCCUUGUGAAAACAGAGUAUGAUACUGCUGGUUGAAACGUAUGGGGCUGAAUUUACAAAGCCUCUUUUUGACUUGCACGCGUGUAACUACAUACAUUUACGGUGCUUAAACACAUGCAUUUAACAAAAACAGGCUUUGUAAAUACGGAAUAAGUUCAGCCAGCUGACUGGUUUUUACUAGCGAUAUAACGUUAGGAUAGGUCACAAGAUGAUAUACAUUGUACUUGUAUUUAGAGGAUUCAUCACAAUACCAACCAAGUUGAUAUUAAUCGAUAUUUGUCAAGGCUCUGCCGAGAUAUUAAAAAACAUGAGUAGCGAAUUUUAUUUAUCCUUUAACACACUUCUAAAAUAACAUUUUAAUUUGAUAUUUAGUAAAUCAAAGUUUUGAUUUGAACUUACAUUCAGGUAUACAAGUCUUGUUGGCUGUAAACAAAUGACCCAUUGACAGCAAAACUGCAUACAAAAUCAAGGCCGUAGCAAAGGUUUUUUGUUUGGGGGAGCAACUGAGUAGUCAAUAGUCUAAAACUCCUUAAACGGUUGAAAAGAGAAUUUCUUUAAGUUUCUAUAAUUUUUUACGGCCAGGAAAAUUAAUAUUGUUUAAUUAUGAUAAUUAUUAUCUACCACUUUAUGUAGCCAAGGUUUGAAAUCUUUAAUCCACAAGUUUGAAAAAUUAAAGCCUAAAUAUUGACACCAUUUGUAUAUUAUGGAAAAACAAAGAGCAGAUAAUCUACAGGUCUAUUUUACAAAGACAUGUAAAUUUAUACACAGGGAUGUGAGAGGGGCUGGAACAAAAAAGCUUACUGCAGGGGGUUCACGGGCUGCUCAAGGGCCCCUGAAGGAAAAUUGUUGUUUGCAACCCCUGGAACUGCCAAAAAUUGCAUUCAAUGCUAACAAAUCUAAUCUGGUUAUAACUUUAAUAUACGGCAUACAUCAUACACUUGAAGGAAGGAAAUGUUUUAUUUAAUGAUGCACUCAGCACAUUUUUUUAUAGUUAUAUGGCGUCGGACCACACAGAUAGUGAGAGAGGAAACCCGCUGUCGCCACUCUUUUCGAUUAGCAGCAAGGGAUCUUUUAUAUGCACCAUCCCACAGACAGGAUAGUACAUACCAGUGUUCUAGCUAGCAAUAAAUAGAGGGGCGCUGCGCCCUGCCCCCGUUUUGUGCCACCCUGCUGUGUUUGUUUCCGCAUUGCCCCUGAUUAUCGCCGCCCUGCCCUAAUUCAUUGUCAAACAAAAAUACAAAAUCUUGUUUUCCCCUCAAAGUGUGUACAGUGUUGUUACGAGUGAAUUCCCAACUAAAAAAUGUUUGACAAUAUAUUGUUUAGCCACAGUUGUGAAAGCUGACAGCAGUAACGUCUUAUGUUUUUUUUCUUCUUUUCUAUUGUUGGUCGAUAUGACUGCAGACGAGCGGACAGGCAGUCUUACAAAGCUUGAAUGCGAAGUAAUCCUCACACCGUCACGCACAUAAGCACACACCACCUAUCAAACACCUAGUUGAAAGUAGACCAUCAUGAUAAACUUCGACAGAACGUCAAAUGCGAAAGUAAUUUUUGCCUUUGCAAAUACCCAGACCAAGAUACAUAUAUAGUUUUAACUGAUGUCAGUAGUCCUUAUCAAUGACAUAUUGAUUGCAUCUUUAUAAUAUGGCACAGAGUAAGCUAGCAACACUGGUUAUUUGGUCUAUGUAGGCAUAACUGUAUUUUGAUAAAAGCAUGUUUGCAAAAGCUAUUUAAUGAAAUCUAUCUAGAUCUUGACAUGCAAUAAUAGCCGUUUUUAAAUGCAUUGAGCAUAUCCUGAUGUCAAUUUUUAAAUUUGUUCUUUUAUUUCUUUAUUUCUU